AUGGCAGUUGUGAGUCUUGUAGAGUCUCCUGAUCUAAAUAAUCGCAAAGUUCAAGUAAAUUCUGGAUGGCAAACGAAUUUUGAUCUUCCGAGUACAGUGAGAGUCUUUACGAAUCCCGUUAAUUUUCCCGGAUGGUACAAAAAAAGAUCGUUAGAUGAGCAAAAUUUGGUGCGACAGAAGCGGAAAGCGAAUUACGAGAAAUAUUUGAAUGGAACAAGGAUCGUGAAUGACAUUCCGGCGGGAGCUUUUUACAAUUCCUUCAGGGAAAUGUUGCCGAUGUAUGGAUAUCAUGAGGAAUGCCUUGAACGAAGCAUUUGUGAAAUGGCGAAGCAUCCAAUUCAUCGACACGAGGAUUGUGUGUUGGCGGAAGUGUUGCAUGUGUUAUUAACACCUUCCGAGCAUCAAUCCUUCGACGACAACGAGCUUCACGACAAAGAAUAUUACGAAAAAGUUGAAGAAUUAGGACGACAUGGAGCAGAUUGUGAAGAAAUUUUCCAUCUUUGUGACGAAUCUCCGCUCACACAUUUCACAAAAUUAUUAGAAAUCGAAUAA